AUGUCAUCAAACGAGAAUUCUCAAUCGGAAGAGGGAAAAAAGGUUCAAGGAAAAUCACCAGCCUUGUCUCCAACAGUUUCUAUCGCAUCAGCGGCUCCAUCUCCGUUCCUUCCUCCACUUCUGCCCUCUACCACCAUUGCUCAUCAAGAGGAGCUCCGUCAAAUAUGGCAUUCGACAUUGGGCGCCUUUCUCGACGAUCCUGCCAACAAACAUCUCACCAUGAAACUUUCAUUUGGUGCUCUGAUUGGAGAAUCAAUGAGUGGAAAUUUUCGACAACCGUUACAAAGAGAGGCUCGCCUAGAGAUUUCGUUGUUGCAAACACAAAGUGACAAAGAAAAGGAAGACGAAAAGGAUGCCGAGAUUGUGGCCAAACAAAAAGCGGAACGUCGUCAGCGAAGACGGGAAAAGAAACAGCGGCAAAGAGCCUCCGAUCGAAACAGUUGGAGAUGGAGCGAUCUCUCGACGGCCUCAACUAUCUCCACUUCAGCUCUUUCCAGCACAUCAUCUGUUCGAGUAAUGAAAAAGACUAAAGACAAGUCACUCUCUCCUCCUCAAUCCUCAAUGGCCACGACCUGUGAAUUGCCCACUGGCGAGCAAUAUUCGGUCCGUUACAUGGGAGCUCUUGGUCGAAUGGGAGCACUCGGUUUGAUUGAAGGAUCAUCGAUUGUGAACACAGAUCCAACGAUACGCGAACCGGGGGUGACGUCGAGUGAGGAUCACACACUUAAAGAGGUGGCCAGCAUUGAGAGGAUUUCUCCGUCACAGUCAGCAGAUGCAACGGACCGCUCUCGAUCACCGCCUUGUUCUCCAAUGAACGACUUGAAA